AUGCAGGGCUCGCCUAGACGGCUCUCAGCUGUGAAUUUUCUGAGCACUUUUUUCCAAGGUCGAAGACACUCUACUUCUGAUCCUUUGCUUCGUUUGUACCAGAGACGUCGGAAUUCGGUUAUAGAAGUGCUUUCUUCAUCUUCUCAUCGGGUUAUGGUGGCAGUAUCUUCUGUCAGCAAUGCAGAGAUAAAUCCAACUUUUCCUGAAAGAAAAAGAAGUUCACGACGUCCAACACCAAAAUAUACUAAAGUUGGGGAACGUUUACGACAUGUUAUUCCUGGACAUGUGGCAUGUUCAAUGGCAUGUGGUGGUCGAGCCUGCAAGUAUGAAAAUCCAGCUCGGUGGAGUGAUCAGGAACAAGCCAUCAAAGGGAUUUAUUCCUCCUGGGUCACAGAUAACAUACUUGCAAUGGCUCGACCAUCAACUGAGCUUAUUGAAAAAUACAACAUCAUUGAACAGUUUCAAAGCUAUGGCAUAAAAACAAUAAUUAACCUUCAGCGACCUGGAGAGCAUGCAAGCUGUGGGAACACACUAGAACCAGAAAGUGGCUUCACUUACCUUCCUGAAGCUUUUAUGGAAGCUGGCAUUUACUUCUACAAUUUUGGAUGGAAAGACUAUGGUGUAGCAUCUCUUACUACCAUCUUAGAUAUGGUGAAGGUGAUGACAUUUGCCUUACAGGAAGGGAAAGUAGCUAUUCAUUGCCAUGCUGGGCUUGGUCGAACAGGCGUUUUAAUAGCGUGUUACUUAGUUUUUGCAACAAGAAUGACUGCAGAUCAAGCAAUUAUUUUUGUUCGGGCAAAAAGGCCAAAUUCUAUACAAACAAGAGGCCAGUUGUUAUGUGUAAGGGAGUUCACUCAGUUUUUGAUUCCUCUUCGCAACGUGUUUUCUUGCUGUGAGCCCAAAGCGCAUGCUGUUACUUUAUCACAAUACUUAAUUCGCCAGCGCCAUUUACUUCAUGGUUAUGAAGCUCGACUUCUAAAGCAUGUGCCAAAAAUUGUUCAUCUGGUUUGCAAACUGCUGUUGGAUUUAGCUGAAAACAGACAAGUGGUAAAGGAGGACAUUAUAAAGGUACCUGAUCUCUCUGCUGAAAUCGAAAAGACAGUUUCGGAGAUGGUCACAAUGCAGCUGGAUAAAGAGUUCAUGAAACAGGAGAGUGACACAUCGCUUCGGUUCACCCCCUCAGCAGUGACAGCGUUCGAGAACCAGGAUGCUGUUCUCUCCAGUGAACAUGAAUUCGAUCCUCUCUGGAAGAGGCGGAAUGUCGAAUGCCUUCAGCCUCUGACUCAUCUGAAAAGACGGCUCAGCUACAGUGACUCAGACUUGAAACGAGCUGAAUUUCUUUUGGAGCAGGGAGAGACUCCGUGGACGGUGCCCCCCCAAGCCCUCGUCUGCUGUAACCUCAAGCAGGAGCAGACCAUGAGCCAUCCUUGUGUCGAGCCGACCCCUCCCCUGGAUAUCAGCAAAGAAGCUUUGGUCCGCAAUACAUUUUCUUUCUGGAAUCAGCCUAAGUGUAGUUUAGAAGGCUCCAGAGAGGAGGGGUCACCCCUUUUCCAUAGGAGAAAGAUCCCAAAGGAAGUCCAGCGGAGCAGAACCUUUUCUUCAGGGUUUUCAGGUGUGCAUCACACUGGGGAGUCAGUCACCCCCAAGGCUGCAGUUACACCCAUGGCACCAAACAGCCUGCCCCAGAAAGCUGACCACUGUCGGUGUGACCCCAGCGGUCCCUGGGGACAAGAUCCUGCGGUUUAUGCUGGGGGUCACUGUGUCCCUCAGAACUGUGGUGCCACUCUGGAGGGGGAAUGCAUCGUCACAUCCGGAAGCCAAGAAAGCCACAACCCGCCCCAAGCAAUGCCUCUGAGUCCUGAAGGACGGAGAGUGUGGGCAGCUAAAGCCCUGGCAAACGUGAAUGAAUUUAUAGAAGAAGCAGAAGUAAAACAGAAGGUGGAAAUGUGGCAGAAAGAACUGAAUUCUCGAGAUGGGGCUUGGGAAAGAAUAUAUGGAGAAAGAGAUCCUUUCAUACUGUGUGGCUUGAUGUGGUCCUGGGUAGAGCAACUAAAGGAACCUGUUAUAACCAAAGAGGAUGUUGACAUGUUAGUCAGCAACUAUGCUGACGACUCAGAAGCACUUUCAUUACUUGAAAAGGAACAACACCAGACUAUUCUUUGUAUCUUGCACUGUAUAGUGAACUUGCAGACAAUUCCGGUUGAUGUAGAGGAAGCCUUCCUUGCCCAUGCCAUUAAAGCUUUCACCAAGAUUAAUUUUGAUUCUGAAAAUGGACCAGUGGUUUACCAUACCCUGAAAAAAAUAUUUAAGCACGCAUUAGAAGAAAAAAGAAAGAUUAUAAAAGAAGGAUCAGAACACACCUCUUAAUGUUUACAGUUCUUUGUGGGGGGAAGUCUUCUAUGGAUCCCAAGAAGGAUCUGUUUUAAUCAGCUACUUUUUUCUCCCUUUGAUGUUUAUUUUAACCUAAUCUGAAA